AUGGAUAUAAAAGUGAAGAGUGCCCACUUCGUAGCCCGUUGGGUGUGGGAUUGUCGGGACGACACAUGCGGCAUUUGUCGCCAGCAGUUCGAGGCGUGCUGCCCACAGUGCCGCUUCCCUGGGGAGGAUUGCCCCAUUGUUACGGGGAAAUGUACUCAUACCUUCCACAUCCAUUGCAUUGAAAGGUGGGCUGAGCGUGAGCAAGAUAACACGGAAUGCCCCAUGUGCCGACAGACAUGGGAAUUCUAA